AAAAAUAUGAUCAUUACAAGCCAUUUUCACAAUUUCCGAGUCUUUUAUCGUCUAGUGAGUGUAUAGAGAUAAAGAGGAAGCGAAGUGAAGUGUGUGAGAGGCCUAUUUAAGCCUUGGAAGAGGAAAUAUAACACGAUCUUUCUAUGUCAAGAGAAGACGUGGCAGCCAUGGCUCUGUCAUCGGAGUUUGUGUCGCUGGUCCAGCAGGAGAUUCCAGAGGGACGGCAGUCGCUCUCGGACUCUCAUGCCAACUUGGAGAAAGUGGCCUCGUACUGCAUAGAGAACUUUGCGAGGGCAGAGAACAAAGCCCAAGCACUGGAGGAAACCAAGAAUUACACGACGCAGUCCCUCGCUAGCGUGGCUUACCAGAUUAACACUCUAGCCUACAACUUCCUGCAAAUGAUUGAUCAACAAGCACACCAGCUGGCGGAAAUGGAGAGCCAGGUUAAUUACAUAUCUCAGAUGGUAAUGGUUCAUAAAGAGAAAGUGGCGAGGAGGGAGAUAGGUGUCCUCACAACCAACAAGACGACUGCCAGGCAGUACAAGAUACUUGCACCAGCCAAUACGGAGAAACCAAUCAAAUACGUGAGGAAGCCCAUCGACUUUGGAUGCUUAGAUGAUGUAGGGCAUGGCAUGCGGUCGUCGUCAAGCAGCACCCCGCGGUCCAGACGCUCAGCCAGCAGUGUGGGCAUGCCCCCUCCAGUCCACCAACCCCCCACCUCUGCAGGACCUGCCCCUACCACGAAGCCUCCAACACCCCCCCAGGCCAACAGGUCUGUGAGCAGCCUCUCGAGGGGCUCGCGGGAAUACCGCACUCCUCCGGCUGUGGCGCCUCCUCAGGUUCCCAGCAACUAUGCUCCCAACUACCCCAUCGGCCACCCACGACGGAACGACCGCUCGAGUGGCUACAGCACAUUGCCGCACCAGUCAGCUGCUCACGUAGCCCCCAUGAACCAUAACGGAGGAGCAGCUCCCCCUCCUCAAGUGGGCAUGGUGCAUCCCAUGGCCCAUGGCGCACCCCAGGGCUCCUACACCCCACCUCCUCCCCCACCCCACAUGGAGCAGCCGCAGUAUGCAGCCCACCCUAUGGGCAUGCCACGCUACCCCACUCUGAUCCGACCCGCCAUGACCUUACCAAAGAACCUGACUAACAAGAGCCUCUCGAACAAGAGCAACGAGGCAGUCUUAGCCCCCCCAUCGCCAGCCUCCUCUGGGGUAGUGAGUGAGCAGGAGUACAACAGCCGCUCAUCAGGUGCCUCGUCUCCCCCCCUGCCCCCUCCGCCCCCCAGCGACACCGACAUCCCCCCGGCUGUGCCCCCACACUUCAUGGAGAAAGCCAUGAAUGACGACCCAGCCCCUCACCGUGUCCCAGGCCCUAAUCCCCCAGCGGUGCCCCCCCACUACUUGGAGAAAGUCAUUGCAGUUUAUGACUACACGGCCGACAAAGAGGACGAGCUGAGCUUCUCAGAGAAUGCAGUCAUUUACGUCAUCAAGAAGAACGACGAUGGCUGGUGGGAGGGAGUUAUGAAUGGGGUCACAGGGCUCUUCCCGGGCAACUACGUGGAGCCCCUGAUGUGAGACGACGACAGUGGGACCUUCUUCCAGCGCGGAAGGUGGACUUGGAGGUGGAGGCCACAGGGCGAGGAGGAGCAGGAGGACUACAACUUCAAGGACAGGAACACCUGUACAGGGCGGAGACGAAGAGCCAUCAGGAGUGUCGAGGGGGAGAAGAAGCAGGAGGCGUGCAAGGCGGGCGAGGACGUGUGCAGAAACGGGACCCUUACUGGUUGCUGUGGUUUGGAUGCGAGGAAGACGAGUUGGAGUAGGAGGAGAGUGGAGGGGCGUGUCCUGAUGGCCCUGAUUGUGGUUAGGGAGUUAGGCCUCCGGAGCGUUUUGUGUCCGUGUGUAUAUCUCGCCUGAGGGGUUGUUCGUAUGACACCGACAGUAUUACCCAUGUUAUGAUUUAAUGAAAAAGUAAAGUCCAGUGAUUAGUGUUCCUGUUAUUAUUUUUUCUUUGUUUUCUCCCCCCCUCCCCUUUUUCUUCAUCAUUUGUGUUACAUCAUAGUUCCUGAAAAUGAUGCUGUAUAUUAAUGUAAAGAAAGAAAAAAAAUAGCCCCGUUUUUUUUCUUCUACAUAUCACCGCAUAAAGUGAAUGUGACAGAUUAUCAAAUCAGAUAUAUCAUGCUUCAAAAGAGAAUGAUUCAUUAACAUAUUAAUUGCACAAAAGAUAUGAAAAAAAAUCAUAAAAAAAUGUAGAUUUAGAGAAAAAAACAUGUUUUGUUUUUGUUAUGUUUUUUAAGCUGAGGUAUGCUUGUUCCUUAAUCAGUUACAUAGAUACAAGCAAGAUUUUUAUUUACAAAAUGUAACGGAUUUGUUCCUGCAGUAGAGAGAAUAAACCCCCAAAUAAAAAAAGAUUUAAAAAAUGCUGUAAAGAAAAAAAAAAUCAUUUGUACAUCCUACUAGAGAUAUUCUCCGUAUGUUUGUCAUUAUUAAUAUUAAAAACCCGCUAAACUGAAAUUGUAUCCAAUCCAGAAGCUUUUAUUUCUUUUUUGUUUUUCUUAUGUGUAUAUAACAGGAGAAUGAAUCAAAGAUUAGCUUCUUUACCAUGGAUAAAUGGAAGAGUGUGAAAGAGAGAGAAAGAAAGGAAGAGAGAAUAAUUAUGAUAUAAACAGUAUAUAGCAUUGCCCAUGUGCGUGUGUUAGAGCGUAAGGCUACAAAUGGAGAUGUAUUCGUAACAAUUUUCUUAUCCUGGGAGACUGAUCAUUUUGUCGAAACACUGAAGAAGAAAAAGAGAGAAAAUAUCUGUGAUUGAGGAAAUUAUAUAUUACAUGGUAAUAACAAUAUAGAAAUUGAUGCAGUUAUGCUAGUAUUCGCUGGACGAGAAUUCACAUGAUGGUAAAAGAAUGCAAUAAAUAGAUGAAUAAUAAUGAUGAUGAAUAUUGUCUGUUUUUCUUCAUUAGUUACUGCAUAUUGUUUGUUCCUGUGUUUGCUUUUGUAUUCUGUUUUAUUUGCUUCUGUACAUAUAUAUAAAUAUAUAUAUAGGUUAAACGAAAUACAUGAGAGUGGUUUUCUUUUCUAAGCAUGAAUGUGAAUUCCGUAAUUUUUUCCUUUCUCGCAUUUUUCAUUCUUUUGUUGUGUUUCCUUAAGUGCCAGAGUACCCUCUAUUGUAAAGGUCAUGCAUUAGGAUAAAUGUAUUGCAUCCAUUUUUUUUUUUUUUUUUUUUUUUUUUUUUUCUUCCAAUUUUUAUUUAUGUUUUUAAUUUGCUAUAUUUUCUUUACUUUUUCAUACAAUGAUAGCUUGAGAUAUUGAUACUAUUGAUGGGUUACUAACUUCAGCUGGUUAAGAUUGCUGUACUAGUCAGUUCCCUUUUUUCUCUUUUAUGAACGAUGAACAAUAUACCUAUAUAAUGAUAUUUUUUUAUUUUUAUUUAUUAAUUUUUUUUUUUAUUAUUAUUAUUUAUUAUUACUAUUAUUAUUAUUUUUUUUUUUGUAAGUCAUUAACAAUAUACCUGUGUAAUACUAUAAGAAAGUUUAGUCAUAUUAUUGGCAAUCAUGCACAAAGAUGAAUUUCCAGUAAUGAUAAGUUUAUAUCAUACAGACUGUAUAAAAGAAAUACAGGCUGUUAUGUGUAUUGAUUAUGCCUUAUCUAUGUAAUCCUGUACAUAGGUUACCGCUGUAAACAGGUUGUAAGCAUCUGUUUAUACUAAGGCUGGGUUUGACCAUAUACAUCCCAUAGAAUUUGGGUGAUUAUGUUUAUUGCAUAUGUUGCAGCAGAUGUAAGGUAUGGUUCAGGGUGCAUGAGCCUAGGUAAUCUUAAGUCUGUUUCAGAAUUUCCUUGUACAUUAAACAUGCAAACUUUC